AUGUAUCGGCCACAAGUGUACAAUAGCAACAACCAUAACAUUAAUAGUUCAUUGGAUUGUACUGAAUCGCGCACAGUACGCACAAUAAAUACAAAACAAGUGCAACAACAAAAACAGCAUAAUCACGCCAGUUUAGUGCACAGCAGCGCCAAUGUGCAAUCUACAGCUGAUGUUACGCAUUUGUGUAAUGCCAAUUUCACCAUUGGAAAUACAAACAAUUGCAAUGUCACCUGCCAGCGCUUGCCAGCGAUGAAAGCUGCAACAGACACCCUCACCGCCAACACAUUAACGGCAAUGCAAAGCGCGCGGCUAAGCGGCAAAACGCGCUCAUCGAAAAGGGUAGCGCUGAAGACAUCCGUUGCAUUCCUGCCCAUCAUUUGCUUUGCCAUACUCGCGCUUGUCUCCGGUGCUUCAGGUCGGUCUAUACGCGGCCGAAAGCUUCUUCAUACGCUCGAAAAUCGUAUGCUUCAUCAUAAGAAUCUGUUGCGCUACGAGAGCGAAAUUGCGCCUGUACAAACUGCACCAGUACAUCAUCGCCAUCAUUUAAAUACUCGUUCUCUGGAUAUGAACUGCGCGAAGGUGGUGGAACAUAUCUCCAUGUUGAGAAAACAAGCGCGCACAUCUUUUAAUGCACUUAAUAAUUUUGUGUAUAAGAAAUUCACCGAACCACGCUUCAAUCUCACACCAGAAAUAGCAUUAGAAGAAUGGAGUAAAUACAAAUUGAAUUUAUCACAUCCCUAUACAAAGUUAAUGGAUCGUGAAUUCACCAAAGAAAAGGUCCAUCAUGACAUAAGUCAUUUGGAAAAUGGAAUCACAACUUUGAAUGAAAAACUGAUUCAAACUGAACUGAAUAAAAUUUAUAAAACUAUCCGAAUGUUGCAAGUUAUUCAUAACCGCACCUAUAAUGCGCUCGAUAAGAAAUGGCAAGACGACGCUUACAAAAAUGUAACACAAUACCUCAAUCACACGGGUAGUCACCUCAGUGCUAAUAUAAAGGCUACAAAUUCUGUGAUUGCAACGCUCAAUGUUGCAUUGGAAGACUUUGAUGAAAAUAGCAUCUCUUACAAUGAAACGGUGCAAGUGUUAGAUUGGUUGGUAGUUGCCGAAAGUAUCAGCUUCUUUCAAUAUCUCGAUAAACUCUAUGAGAAAUUGAUGGAAAUGUGCAGUGCGCCAAGAUAUUUACACGAAGGAAAUAUGUAA